AUGGACGUCAUUAACGCUGAGCAAGCUAAGAUUGCUGAAGAGGCAGGAGCGUGUGCUGUAAUGGCCUUAGAGCGUGUUCCGGCUGAUAUUAGAAAAGAAGGAGGUGUGGCUAGAAUGUCUGACCCAAAAAAAAUUAAAGAGAUAAUGGCAGCUGUUACCAUACCAGUAAUGGCUAAAGUUCGUAUCGGACAUUUUGUUGAGGCUCAGAUACUCGAGGCUCUUAGUGUUGACUUUAUUGACGAAUCAGAAGUAUUAACUCCGGCUGAUGAUCAGAAUCAUGUUAACAAACACGAUUUCAGUGUGCCGUUUGUGUGUGGAGCCAGAGACCUUGGUGAGGCCUUGAGAAGGAUUGCUGAAGGUGCUUCAAUGAUACGAACUAAAGGAGAAGCAGGGACAGGCAAUGUGGUUCAAGCUGUUAAACAUGCACGAACAAUCAAUCAUCAAAUCAGGAUUGCAAAGGCAAUGGACUCCACCGAGCUGUACAGCUACGCUAAAGAAUUAGGAGUGUCACACGAGCUUUUAAAGAAGACAGCCGAACUUGGAAGACUGCCUGUUGUCAACUUUGCUGCCGGAGGAUUAGUCAUUGUCAGUUGA